CAGGGAGAAAUACUGUGACGCCCCAGAACAGUCUGUAUGGACGCGUGUUGCAUUGUGUUUACUUGAUGGAUAUCCACACGUCAAGAUGACGUCCACGUCUCUCGUUGCAGCAUUUUCGGGGAUUGGGUUACUUUUCUUUUUACCGCGCGGGCUCAAAAGUUACCUGGACAAUCUCCUCCAUUUUACAAUGGUUCGUUUCGAGCUAUUGGUGAAAUCGUACGGAUGAGACCAAGUGAUGAUUCAGGCUUAAUCGUCAAAGAAGUACUGUUCUUCGAAGAGCUUUACGACAGCACAAAUCUGAAGGCGGCACUAAGAAUUCAUACAUCGAACGAAACGUCUACCUACUUUCAAGACAUCGAGACCAGGCAGACAUUUCUUCAUACAGCAUCAGCGCACAGCGCAACAUGCAACCUCAUUAAGCCGAGCAGCGAUAUUGUCGGUCCACUCGAGACUAAGGAUGGAUGGCCCUACUUCUACCUGAGGGACCUGCUAACGUCCACUCACUGGAACACGACACCCGAUGAAGCCCACUAUCCAGCACGCAACAUGUCCUGCGACGUGUGGAUAACGGAGACCAUGCAUAAGGGCAGGCCUCUUAUCGUCGCCAUGGCCGUAAACUCACGUUCAUGGGGAUCUACCACCGGGACCAUGCAGGCACCCGUGUCUGUUCACAUACGAUAUACCAACAGUGAAGAUGACGACGACAUUGAAAUUAACAUAUUCGAUUUCGGUGCUUUUGGAGACCACAUCCACGAUGACCUUCUGCAGCUUCCAGAUGGUGUCUUCUGUGGCGGUUACAAAAAAGCCGUCUCUCUGCCUCCACUUCGAGAUCUGAAGGUAUUCAACUACCGCGUGGAGAUGACGUCAUCCGACUACAGCGCUACGCACUACAGUGAUGUUUGGGUCAAUCUAGACCGUAUGUUGUACAGAAUUGAUUACGAGCCCUCAAACGGCACUGUUUCUCGCCGGAAACGAGCGCUUAUUGUAUCUGGAAAUGAAGAUGCAAUCUAUCAGAUUACUCAGAAGAAAAACAUACGUUGCAAGGUAAAAAGCAUACUUGACCUGAAGUUUGACGUGCAAAUGAUCACCGAUCCAAGUUUGAUCAAGCACAUGACACCAGCUACAAUUUUCAGUGGUGAUAAUGACAACAUAAAACUGACAUACAAGAAACAGACAGUGAAACGGGGAAUUCCGUGCCAUUUAUGGGAAGUGUUGCGCACGGACUGGCCGCCCGAGUCUAACGGCUUUUCCACGCUGUGGGAAUGGUGUUUCGUCGUUCCCAAAGGGGAAGAGGGAAAGCGUUCAUCUGGCAACACGUAUAUGGUCAGCCUUGAUAUCACGGUGCUUCAGGUUCCGAGCGACAGCGAGAGCUCUCUGCCCCUCAACGAGGGUACCCGGUUAAGCUACCAUUUCUACGACUCGUUCAAAAACCCGCCGGAACUCAUUGAUUUGCAUGGCUUCGACAUUUCGCCAUGCUACAAGGGCAAUGAUUCUGUGGACGCCUAUCUCGAAGUGAAACUAUCAUCGCCUGACUACUCCACGCUUUCUUCAGUUUCUACGAUCAACGACCCUAAGUUCUUGUCUGCUUGGCGCAUGGCACUCGAUCAGGCUUCUUCUCUUUCGGACCAUUCCUUGCGCAUCACGCGCGUCAGAGGGUACUUCACGGAGAAUGACACACUGUUGAUCACGUUCACCUUGCUGGACCGAUUUCCUGCUGAUGCGGAAGUAGACAUCGUGGACAACCAAGUUGACUUAGAAGGCAUGCAAGAUAACCUGAACAAAUCCGUGAGCGAAGGCAGCCUUGGGAUAACAUAUAAGGGGGUGAAUCUUACAGCAUCGUCCUGGGGCUUAGGACUGCCUCUUACGCUCAAGCCGGGACCUGCACCUCCACCAACAACGGCUGAAACCACGUCAAUUCAAACAACCACUAUGGCGGAAACCACUCCCACCGAGGAAGGGACCACAGCGGCAUCUUCGAGGGCAACUACCUCAGCCGCCGCCUCCACCACCUCCUGGGAGGUCAUCACCGACCCCGUGGUGACGGAUGAAAAGACUCAGUGAUUGGGACAGCACUACCACUUUCCCACACGACAUCAUAACUGAGCUUCCAGAGGCCUACUCUGCCAUGUCGAUGCGCUAUUCUCCCGGUGUAGUCGGAGGCACAACGGCCGGACUUUUCCUGCUCGGAGCGCUGAUAGGGGCGUCGGCUACGUACGUUAAGAGCGCGUUCUUCUCAACCGUGUCGCUUCCCACAACGGUGUUUCACUGAGUGACGCCAGUCUACUCAAUGGCGCGCAAACGUUGAAUUAUUCAUUCACGACGUGGUAACGGUACUCAUAUUACGUUUUAACAUUUCCCAUUGCGCGUAGUACGCGAAGAUCUCACAAACAUUUAUUGUGAAGUACCAGGGGUCUAACUCAAUGUUUUUCUUUCGUUUCAAUGUUGACCACUAGAUGGCCGCCUCCACUAAUGAUACGGCCAAGGUCCUGCAUUUGCCAAAAGUUUUUUUAAAGAAACAAUGCUAAUGCAAGAUUGUUUUUUUUUUUAAGAAUGUGAGCCCGGAGGUUAGGGUAGACCCACUAGUCCUGUUUAGUACAGCGAAUUCCCUUGCAUUUUAUGUAAAACAUUAGAAGUUUCGGACACUACCUGAAAGCGCUCACUACCAAAGAAGCAAUGAGAAAUAAAAAGACGGGGGAUGACUUGACGUCGAAGUUGAGCGUGACGUUGGUGACUAGUCCCGCGGUAGUGAUAUCUUCUCGCUUUCAAGUAUCGCGUUUGCAGAAACUUGUGCAACCCUCGGGGCAGAUAGCAUUGUGCCGCGUGGUAUAAGAGGAGCUAAAGCCAGAACAUUUGCUGAGGGAUAAGCAAGGUCAUCUUUUUUAUCAGUUACUGCUUCUCUGCUGACCACCUCUCUCUCCCCCAAAUUGUCAAUAAUACAAUAAACGUCAUAUAUUACAUUUCUUA